AUGAAUUUAGAUUUUGACUUUUUCUUGUCUGUAUUAGAAUUUGCUACCCACAAACAUAGAUUUCAAUUAAGAAAAGAUGGUACAGCUUAUAUUGAACAUCCAAUUAAAGUAUGUAAAAUAUUAAGAGAUGCAGGUAUUAAUGAUAUUGAGAUAUUGAGUGGUGCAUUAUUACAUGAUACUGUAGAAGACACAGACACCACAUUUGAAGAAUUAGAAGAACAUUUUGGUAAACAAAUUACACAAUAUGUACGUGAAGCAACAGAUGAUAAAAAACUUGAUAAAGUAACAAGAAAAAAAUUACAAAUUGAGCAUAGUAAAACAAUCUCUUAUGGAGGUAAAAUGAUUAAGUAUGCAGAUAAAAUACACAACAUGGGAUCAAUAAUUUCUACUAUACCAUGUCCAUUGUUUGUUUUUAUUCUUUAUUAA